UCUUGCUCCGUUGGAGAGGUAAGAAAUCUUCAAGAAUUCUAUAUGAUUCAGUCACAAUCUAAUCUCAUCGAGGAUUGAUAGUGAUGAAAAAAUAAUCCAUCGUUCAGUUCUGCGCGUAUUAUUUCAUCAGAAUUUCCGUCUGACGUUUUGGUAUAUAAUUUUCAAGCAGAGCGUGUAAUUCUGGAAGUUAGUUGGUUCGUGGCACACGUUCAUCAUGCUUCAGCUGUACAUUGCCUUGGGAGUCCUGGCAAUCUGUCUCUACUUCAAAUGGAGCCUGAGCUUCUGGAAGAGGAAGAAUGUGGAGGCGCCCCCACCACUACCCAUUGUUGGUAACAUGGGUGAAGUGAUAAUCCAGAAGAAACAUUACGGAGUGGUCUGUGAUGAAAUUUACAGAUCAUACCCAACUGCCAGGUAUGUGGGAUUCUACAAAAUGGGCAAACCGGCAAUCAUUGUACGUGACCUAGAUCUCGUCCGGGAUGUUCUUGUUGCGAAUUUCGGUCAUUUCCACGACAAUGACUUCCAAAUUAACAGCACCUUGGAUCCCCUAUUGGCUUGCAAUCCCUUCACAGCACACGGAGAUGAAUGGAAGAAGAUCCGGAAUCAAGUUAGUCCCAUCUUCACCACUGCCAAGGUGAGGGCAUGCUUUGGAAUUAUGCGAGAAGUGGGCAACAGUCUUAUCGAAUAUCUCGAACACAGUCCCGAUAUCAAUCGCUCAGAGGGUGUGGAGAUAAAGAGUGUGAUGACAAAAUUUACAACAGAUGUUGUAGCAUCGGCUGUUUUUGGCGUCAAUGCUUAUGCUUUUGUUGAUGCAAAAUCAGAAUUUGUUACCAUGUCCAGGGAAUUCUUUACACCAAGCUUUGGUGGAGUUAUCCGGGGACUCAUUGCCUUCUUUGCCCCUCAAAUCGCGACGCUCCUUCGUAUUUCAUUUGUUUCCAAGAGGCUUGAUGGACGUCUCAGAAACCUUAUUAGGCAACUCAUGGCAUCCAGAGAGAACAACGCAGAAAACACGAGAAAGGACUUUGUACAAGCAUUUGUGGAUUUGAAGAAGAAAGAUCAAGAAAACCGAAUCACGGAAGAGCUAAUUGUUGGACAAGCUCUAACCUUCAUCACUGACGGAACUGAAACUUCUGCAACAGUGAUGUCUUACACACUGUAUGAACUUGCACGUCAUCCGGAGAUUCAGAAGAAAGUUCAGGAGGAGAUUGAUAGAGUUACAGCUGCACACGGCGGUGAGAUGACUGAUGAAGGAAUAAUGGAACUUGAAUUGCUUGAUCGGUGUAUCCAUGAGAACCUCCGAAUGCACUCAGUUGCCUUCAAUAUGUUGCGCAUUUGUACGAAAGAUUUUGAACUACCUCCACAAUUUAGCACCGGAAGUCAGCAUCGGGUAACAAUUGAAGCAGGAACUUCUGUUAUCAUUCCCAUAUCCGCAAUUCACAUGGAUCCCGCAAACUUUGAAAAUCCCCACACAUUUGAUCCUGAUCGUUUUCUGGAUGAUAAAAAACAAGAGAGGAAUCGCUAUGCCUUCCUGGGCUUUGGCGAAGGACCACGAAUCUGUCUUGGCAUGCGUUUUGGGUUGUUUCAGGUGAAAAUGGCUCUGUACACCCUCCUGUCCAGAUACAACAUCAGCGUGGCAGCAAAACAGAAACUUCCUCUGGGUGUCAAUGUGCAAUCCUUCCUCCUUGCCCCGAAGGAACCCAUCUUGCUUACAUUUGAGAAGAGACCGAUGAAGUCGUCCUAGAAGACUUCCCCAGCAGCAGUAUUUGAUUGACGCACAUACCUCAAUAGCCGUACUAUGGCAGAUGGUGUGACUCCCUGAAUACGAGAGGCAGCAGCAAUCUGCAAAAUCAUAGUAUUUUUUUUUUAAUAUUCUCUCAAGGACAUUCUUGUGUAGAGCACAAGAACAUAUUAUAUUACCGUCUGGGGCUGAAUGUAAGACAACUUUUCUCGCUCCACAAAGGAAAGAUUGAGAUAUUUUCUGCAAAAAUAAAGGAUUUAUCAUUAAA